AUGUCUCUAACCAUUGAUGAGGCCCAUCUCGGGGUUCCCAUCCACGGAGACGCAAUGACCAGCGCAGCGCCUAUCUACAUGCCAUGUGCCACCACAACAACCGAUGUCAAUGGCAUCGCUCUCCGUGCUCUGGUCGAUACAGAGCAACUCAUGUACCUAAACAGUAUAUUUGUUUUUUUGGGAAACCUGUCUUCUAUAUUCCAUUGGCGGAUUUCUGAUUUACAGCGGUUCCGCACUUUACGGAGUGCCAUCAGGACAUGCGAGCCUUCUGUGGUGAUCAUGUUGAAGAAGAGCUGGAACCUCAUUUGCGGAGAAUACCAAAUGCUUUUGGGUAGAUUCUGGGUCUUUCAACUGCACGCUGCUGGGACGAAGACCGCAUCAGCUUCGGGAAUCUUCAGGGAAAUGUGUGUCUCCUUCACUGGAGCCAGUUCCAGCUUAACCUGGUCAAGGAAAACACGGAUUCCUGAGAAGUACGUGCGGCAGAAUUUCCGAAGCCACAUUUGA